CCCAACUACACUACACUAUUGAUAGGCCUGGAACUUAAUAUCUCCUGAAUUAAUAUUCCUUUUAUUAUUAGAAAUUCACGAAAUAAACAUUACACAAAACAAAUAGUAAUCCAACACACUCACAGUGCUGCCACUGCCAUUGGCCGGCUAUAAAUAUCUGGUAUGUGCUUAAAACGGGAAAGCGGAAAAGCUGAUGGCAAUGAUUUCUGGCGGUUUCUCAUACUCCGCGUUGCGUCUCCGACUGCCUUCUUGUUCCAUUCCAAGUUCUCGCCUUCCAGUAUCAAGAACCCGAUCUUCAGGCUCGUCAGCAUCCAUGGACUCCGGCGAUGAGCUGAGACAGAAAUACAUGGAGUUUCCUUAUGUCUCCGGCCCGCACAGAGACCUGAUGGUGGAGCUGCUAUCUUCUGUGGAAACCAGGCUUGGAUCCUCGCUGCAACCUUGUACUCUUCCACCCCAUGUACGACAUUUUGGGAAUCCUGCUGGCACCGCUUAUGCUUGUAUCCAGCUCAGACACGGGCUGCCUUCUUCUCAGAUUGAUUUCAUAUUGGGAGGUUGGAUUCACAGCAAGUUGCCAUCUGGCGGAGCCUUGAACAUAACGAGCCUCUCAGGCUAUCUGAAUUCCUCGACUGAUGCCCCAAACUUCCGCCUGGAGCUCAUCCAGAGCAUCCCAACUUCGCUCAUCCUAGUUCUUGAUUUGACUCCACGAAAAGACCUCAUCUUGCACCCCCAUCACCUCAAAACCUAUUAUGAAGAUACUCUAUUGGACAGAUACAGGCAACGCCUCCAUAUGCUGCCAGAGGUGAGUCCUUACAUCUCACCGUCUCUGUAUGUACGAGCUGCUGUUUCUCCGACAGCAAUUCUAGUCAGCAUAGACGUUGGAGCCGGUGAAACAACAAAUAUUGAAGAGAUCAUCCGGGACCAUGUUGGUCCCGUCGCCAAGGAGUUGCUCCAAUUUUGGAUUGAGUCAUGCGCCUGUACUGAGAGACGUGUUGGGGAGCCCGAGACGGCGUAUUUAGCUGAAAGGGAUCGAAUAAUAAAGAAUAAAACUAUCGAGCUGGAUCUUGGCUCAAGUUUCCCAAGGUUGUUCGGACAAGAUGUAGCUGAUAGAGUAUUAACUGUCCUAAAAGAACAUUACAACAAGUAGUUCUCUGCUUUCUAGAUGUCAAUAUUGACAUUUACUGUGCAAAUCGCUUGCAGUUAUAGUAAGAGUAUGUAGCUGCUUGGUCUUCAUUAUUUACACGUUUUCUAUAGUCCCUACUGCAUAGCUUCGCCACAUCAACUUUUUUUAAGUAACAAAUAUUA